AUGAGUGACAGAAGGAGUUGUCGUGAAAAGAAAGGUGCAAAAGGUUUUGAUUCGUAUGAAAAAAGACCGACAAAGAAAAACAAGCGACCGUUGAAUCGCUAUGAAAUAGAAAAGCCGGAGGAUUUAGACGUCAGCGCAUCGGCGAAGAAAUUAAAAGGGCGUGAUGUUACUGACAUUGAAGUGGAUCCUACGUUUGGCUAUAACAUCGUAAAUUUUGUAGCAGUUUUUGCCGCCAUUUCCAAUGUCGUCGUGUGUAAAGUGUGUCACUCUGAAGUGAGUUUCACAGAAAGCAGUAAACGAGGAUUAGGAUUUAAAAUUGUUGUAUCCUGUAAGAAUUGUGACAAAACAGAAAUACCGAGUUGCCCAUAUGUCAAGAAUGCCUACGAAAUUAAUCGUAGAAUUAUUCUUGCCAUGCGAUUGCUUGGUGUUGGUUUGCAAGGCCUACGAAAAUUUUCUGCAUUUAUGGAACUGCCCCGCCCGGUCUAUCAAUCGGUUUAUGACACGAUCGUUCAAAAUAUUUCUAAUGCAACAAAAAUCGUUUCCGAGAGGAGUCUGUCAAAUGCAGCGAAAGAAGAAAAAAGACUUUCUGUCGAGAAUGGAGAAAUAAACGGAAUCACGGUGUCGGGCGAUGGAUCAUGGCGAAAACGCGGCUUUUCAUCUCUGUAUGGUUUCGUUUCACUUAUCGGUUGGCACACUGGUACAGUUAUCGAUGUCUUAGUGAAAUCAAAAUUCUGCAAAUCAUGCGAAUUCUGGGCGAAAAAAGAACACACCGACGAAUACAAGGAAUGGGCAGAAAAUCAUGUUGACAAUUGCGAAGCAAAUCACGAGGGAUCAGCUGGAAAAAUGGAGGUCGAUGCUGUCAUUGAAAUGUUCCAGCGCUCUGAAGAAUUGCAUGAUGUGCAGUAUGUAAGUUAUGUAGGCGAUGGAGACUCGAAAACCUUUAAAGGUGUCACAGAUGCUGAACCGUACGAAAACGUGACGAUAACUAAAAAGGAAUGCGUAGAUCACGUACAAAAACGCAUGGGCACCCACCUCCGUAAUUUGAAGAAACGCACAAAAGGCUUGGGAGGAAAAGGGAAAUUGACAGGUAAACUGAUCGACGAACUGUCAAUAUAUUUCGGGUUAGCUAUUCGUAGAAAUUGCGAAUCAGUCGAAAAAAUGAAGACAGCUAUAUGGGCCACAUUACUUCACAAAAUAUCUACGGAUAACCAUCCCCAACACGACAAUUGCCCGACUGGAGAAAAUUCAUGGUGCUCGUGGCAAAGGGCGAAAUCUUCUAACACUUUGGCUACCUAUACGCACAAACCACCAAUGUCUGAUGUAGUUUAUGAAGCAAUUAAGCCAGUUUACGAACAACUCACUGCGGAUGAUCUUCUCACUCGCUGCAUCGGCGGUUUCACACAAAAUAAUAAUGAAAGUUUGAAUUCGACAGUGUGGGCGAUUGCUCCAAAAACUUUAAAUUCAGGCAAAAAAGUUAUCGAUAUUGCUGUCAACAUCGCUUCGUGCAUUUUUAAUGACGGGUUACUGUCCGUUUUACGCAUAAUCGAAGUCAUGGAGAUGAAAAAGGGCCCGAAAAGUUAUGAGCUGUGUAUGGAAUUAAAUGAAAGGCGAAUACAGAAGGCGGAGCGAUCCAUGACAGAGGGCGCAAAACAGGCCAGAAUCGACCAGAUGUCAAUUCGAAAGGCCAAACAUCAACAGGAAAUUGACGAAGAAGGCCAGUUGUAUGGUGCAGGCAUCGCCGAUUAGAGGUCAAAAAUUACGGACUGUAGAUGUCCGCCCAUGGGCCCUCCUGUAAAAAUAGGCGCCACAGGACAAGUGCUGCACAGCCGCCAUUUUGUAAUAAAAAUGCGUCAAAAAAUUUUAAAUUGUAAUUCGUUUAUGAUGUUAUACUGCUUAUUUUACAGAUUUUUGAUUCAUCAUUUCAU